AUGCCGCUACAAGAGCCACAGGCCAGACAGAUUAUCGAGAAGGCUCGCCAGGCACCCUACGGCAAAGGAGAGGAGACGGUUGUGGACACGUCUGUCCGCAGCACCUGGGAGCUGGACGCGGGCCAGUUUGAGCUGCAGGGCCCUGCGUGGGAGCGCCUCCUCGAAACUGUGCUGGCGAGCGUGAAGAAGAGCCUGGGGGUGGUCUCGCCUAUUCGCGCGGAGUUAUACAAGAUGUUGCUAUACGAAAAAGGUGCCAUGUUCAAGGCACAUACAGAUUCUCCCAAGAUCCCCGGCAUGUUUGGCACGCUCGUCAUCGUACUUCCCUCUAUUCACCAGGGAGGCGAAGUUGUUUUGAGGCACCGCGGCGAGAAGAAGGUCUUUGCGUCCUCUCAUGUGGCGCAGGGAUUCAUGGGCUGGUAUUCGGACGUGCAGCACGAAGUUCUCCCGGUCACAAUGGGCUAUCGGUGGGCUCUCACCUACAACAUGACUCUCGUUGAUCCAGCUGCAGAUCCGCCCUUUGCUAGUCGGCUGGGCCACGAGCAGCAGUCACAUCUUUUCAGUGCAGUCGAGCAAUGGAUCGAAGGCGGGAGUGGAAGUCCUGUCUAUACCCUUGAUCACAACUACACCGAGGCUCGCAUCUCUCUCCAAGCCCUCAAAGGCAGAGAUAUGGCCGUCGUCCAGGCCCUGCGAGACAUCUCAUCCAAGCUUCCGGUGGAUAUAUUUUUGGCAAUCCUGGAAAAGCAAGACACGGGAAGCUGUGACGGCGGCGAUUAUUAUGGCCACUACAGCAAGCUUGUGCGCAACAGGUGCAAUGAAGAUGAUGAGGACGACGAGACGGAUGGAGGCGGUGGUGACUUGCAUGGUCUGAUCGAUAUUAUCAGUACUACGCACUCAUUCAAGAAGCUCGUCGAUCUAAACGGCACUCAUUUGGCCGAGGGUUUCGUCUUGUAUGAGAAGGAUUUACUAGUCCGGGGUGCUUUCGCCAAUGGUCGUGUGAAAGAGAUCGACUUUACAGAGGGAUUUUCCGGAAAUGAACUAUGCAACCGGGCCUGGCAGCCUCCAGUGACUGUAUCACGGUAUCGGAAGGAUGUGGACGGGCCAGCGGCGACUCUUCUUCUUCAGGCUGCAGUGCAGAUGAGGGAUUGGGUGUUCUUCGACAAGGCGGUCCAAAAUACCAAAAACGGAUUCACCGACACCUUUUACGAGUGGAUCACAGGAGAGCUGGCAAACGGCUUGCCAUUUGCGGACGUCAAAGAGCCAGUUGUGCCUCUUCUGGCGAAGCGAACAACGCACGUGCCAGUUUUUCUCGAAAUCUUAAGCAAGAUUGCCGAGGAGAGUAGACGAGAGAGCGACGAAAAGAAGCUGUGGUUGGACAUGUACGAGCUUCUGGUUACAUCUCUGAUCACAUCCCUAGAUAUACUGAGCUUGAACGCGGAGGCAGGCGCAGUGUCUUCCCGUCCUGCCAAGAGCCCAACCCCCAAGGUGAAGGCACCCGCGAUAGGGAGCAAGUGGCUCGCCGAGCUCUACAAGGACCUACUUUCCCUGUUGCCAAUCAGCGACCUGGCAAUGAGGCUGGCGCAGAGAAUCAGCAGAGCGGCGGAACAGAUCAGACCGGAAGAAUUUGUUUCUCUGUGGAUCCCGUUCCUUCAGCAGCUCGUCCCUGUGUUGGAGAAGAGCUCGGUCCCACUUUCAACGCCACAGUAUCAAGAGGUAUUUGUGGCGCUUCUCGAUGCGUAUCUCAAGUACCACGUCUGCAAAGAAGUCACGGAUGAAGGCCGUACGCUUCAGCGACCGACAGUCCCGUGUCAAUGUGGCGACUGCGCCAGAUUAAACGCCUUUCUUGGUAACUCUGAGCUGUGCGUCGGCCGCUUCGCUAUCGGCAAACGCCGACGGCAGCACCUACACAACGUGCUCGAUGGGGCCCGUAUCGACUGCCAGCACGUCACCGAGCGGCUUGGCAACCCGCAGACGCUGGUGGUAAGAAAGACGUCCACGAAACACGAAGCUGCACGGAAAGACUGGCUAGCACGAAAAACCGAGGCAGAGAAGCUGCUGCACUCGUUUCCCAAUGAAAAAUUGCGUACCCUCCUCGGAGCGGAGUAUCUACGCAUCUUUCAUAUGGAAGACAUUCUGUGGUCUGAAUGGAAGGUCAGUCCUCAGGCGGUAGUGGUGCCUGGGCCACCUGUGCUUAGGCCAUCUGUGCCGGCACGAGGCCUGAAGAGAAAGGCAGAGACAGAUAUUGAAGUGGUUGAUCUUACGGGUUUGGAUUGA